AUUGGAUAAAAACACAAAUAUUUUGUUUAGAAUAAUACUAACGUGUCAAGUACUACAGAACAAUCAACUACUAUACAGAGUGUGGAUGUAUUCUUACAGGCAGUUAAUGGACAAAUAUCAAUAUCUAAGGGUUCUGAGUCUGCUCCAGCUCCAAUGUUUGCCCAGAGUUCUAUUCCACCCUCCCUGACUCCAGCUUCCCCCGGAGUAACUACUCCUGAAUCCUUAUUAAUAUUCCCUGAUGAAUUAGAAAGUUUGUCUGAUUUUGAAACGACGACCAGAGAUGAAACUCAGAUGGGAUCCAUUGAUUUUACAGUAAUACCUCACCAUGAAACCACAACACUAGCAUAUUCUUCAGGAUCUUCUGGAACAACAGCAAACUUCACUCCACAUUCAUCAACUACUGAAGAGGUUGAGGAGUCGGAAGAGGUUCUAGAGGAAGCAAACAAAGAUGUUAUACCAGUUGAAGAAGAUGAGUCAGUGCAAGAGAUUGAUGAAAUUGAAGAAGAAGAAGAAUCUGAAGGCAUAGAAGAGGCCGAGGAGGAUGAUGAGAUCAAACAAGCUGAAAUUGAAAAGGUAGAAGAAGAGAUUAUUAAGGUUGCUGAGGUUGAGGAGGUCAAUGCAGCAGAUAAAGUGUCUGAAGUGCUUCCUGCUGAAGAGAGUGCUACGGAUUAUGUUGAGCUUAUGCAACCCGUUCAUGUUAUCACUGCAGAGGCUGCAACCUCUACAGAACAGACAACAGCAGAACAGACAACCGUAGAACAGACAACAACAGAACAGACAACAGCAGAACAGACAACAACAGAACAGACAACAGCAGAACAGACAGCAUCAGAACAUACAACAGCAGAACAGACAGCAUCAGAACAGACAACAGCAGAACAGACAACUCCAGAACAAACAACAGCAAAACAGAAAACAUCAGAACAUACAAUAGCAGAACAGACAACAGCAGAGCAGACAACUGAAAAACAGACAACAGAUGUACAGACAAUGCCAACACCAGCACAGACAACAGGUGGCAAGACAACACCACAACAAACAACUGUUGAUCUGAAAAAUAAAUUGUCAACAGAAAAACAGACAACCAUUGAAUCAAAGGGAUCAAUGGAGACUACAGUUGAAGAAACAACAUCUAGUUUGUCUGUAACUCCAUCUUUAACAACUCCACUUCAAGCAUCUUCUUCUUUAUCUUCAGAAAAUUCAGCUGCUGCAAAUAAUUCAACAACAGAAGAACCUAAAUCAGUAUCUGAGUCAGAUUCGGAAAUUUCAGGAACCGAACAAAUAACUGAAGCUUUAGAAAAGGAAACACUAGUAAACCAUUCAGAAAUAAAAAUAGAAGAAGAAACAACAUCUUCCGAAGAAGCUUCCUCUGAUGCUAUAAAGGUAAAAGAAGUAGCUUCCACUUCUACAGUUCGGACAGAUAUAAUGGAAGAUGACAUUGCAUAUUCUGAAGAAUACACAACUGUGGCUGGUAUUGAGGAUAAAACACAAUCUACAGAAUAUCUCUUUGAUUCAGAAACAGAACCUUCAUUAAAUACUCAAACCGACAACUCUGAACAAGCAAUACAAUCAACAACUAUAUUAAGCUCUGAAUCUAGAACUGAAAUAAGUCAAGAGUUAAUUGAAAGCUUUGAAGUUGAUAAUGAGGACACCAUUACAGAAUCUUCUCAAACAGAAACUACAAAUUUAAAGAAGGAAUAUUUUUCCACGGUUGAAAAAUCGACAGAGAACAACCUUGAAGAGGAAUUUAUGUUUGGGGAAUCUGAAAUUCCUGAUGUUAAUCCUACCAUAGAAGGGUCUGGAGACGCUUCAGAAACCCUGAAUGAUGAUGUUGACGAUAUUGAUGAAUAUAGUAUAGAUAUUGACUGGAACAAGGAGUUUGCUGAAACUACUACAGGUACUGCUGAAGCUGUUACUAAUUCAGAAAUCAAUAUUGAGGAUGUUACUUUGUCUGGACAAAUUUUGCUGCAAGUAGAGCCUGUUGUUGCUGAAGAGGAAAAUUAUGAUGACAAUCAUUAUGUUACUUACUACCCAAUAUCUCAAGAUAUUGAGUUUGAUCAGACAACAAUAAAGUCAUACUCUGAUGAAUUCAUUGUAACCAUUCCUGCAGAUUUUGAAAAUAAAAUUGAUUCUUCAGAUUUGGACAAAGAAAACUCUGAAAAUAAAGAUGUUGCUGGUGAAAUCCUACCAUUGGAAGUAGAAGCAGUUGUUGCUGAAGAAGAACAGACUAUUUUUGACUAUACCACCACAGGUUCACCUUUCCAAAUACCAAACAUCCCUGAACUAGUGGAUUUAGAGAUUUCGGCAGUAGUUGCAGAUGUUGACGAAGACAACGAUAACUCUAAUACAUUUGAGUCAACGCAGCUUUCCAAUGGGUUUAUCAUCUCAUCUUUGUUCCCGGAGCAAAAUAAAAUAUACCAGGACACAACAACAGGGCAUCCUGUCAAACUUCCAAUGGGAUCAGAUUUAGCCCUGUCAACAGACAAUGAAAUAUCACAAGCUCCAAUUUAUGAUGACGAUAUAGAUUAUACUACUUAUUUUAAAGACAUAUCCAAUACAGAGAAUCCAUAUGACACAACUAAUGAGAUAGAAACUGAACCUAGCUUAAUCCAGGAAGAACUACUUAAUGACAUAACUGCUAGAAAGGUUGAAGACACAAAUACAUCUGAAGAUAUUGCUGCUGAUAAGAAUGUAAUUGAUGCUGAUAUAGUCACAGUUAAAACCACCACCAAGCAAGCCCUGGAUGAAACAACUUUUAAAACUAGUCUUAAAGAAUCCACCGUCACAAAGGUAGAGGCUAAUAAAGUGAAUGGACCAUUAUAUCUUGACACAAUUAAGUAUGUUAACCCUGAUGCUACAUCAAAUGUAAGUCAGAUUCUUGAAGAAAGCACUCAACCCAUGCCUGCUCAAGGAACAACCCAGGGUGAUGGUAUUACUUUCCCAGAAGAGGUUGAAAUAGAAUCAUCAAAUGAGGUUAUAACGGACCUAGUUGAAGGAUUUAAAACUGAAGAUGAUUCCUCCAAUGAUAUCUUCUCUGAUUUAAAUGAGGUUGGACCAACAUCAUUGACAACUGAAGUAACAACUCCAAGACCAGCAACAACAAGUACAGAUAUUCCUAAUAUAUCAACAACAACUCUAGCAACCGCAACAAGUGCAGAUGUUCCUGAAAUAUCAACAACAAGUGCUGAUGUUCCUGAUAUAUCAUCAACAACUCUACCAUCCACAACAAGUACAGAUAUUCCUGAAAUAUCAACGACAACUCUACCUCUUACAACUGUAAUUAAUGGAUUUAUUCUUCCCCAGUACAACUUCAAGAAAAAGAAUCUUGUAAACAGCAUCAACGACAACAUUGAGUCAGUCAGAACAAGUUCAAAUACUGAGUCCAGAAAAGACACCACCUGGGUGCCUGAAGGUGCUGAUACUACUGACACUGCAGACACUACUGGCACUACAGAAGCUGAUGAUGAUUUAGCUAUGACUGAAAAGGUUAAAAUCAAUGACAUAGAGGAGUCAACUGAUGAAUCAAAACUUGUAGCGACUGUUACCACUGAUGCUUCUAAGCUACUUGACUUAACCACAAAUGAAUCUAUUGAUUCUACAGAAUCUGCUGUAGAUACAAACUUAAAAACCAAACAUUUUAGACUUGUUCGUUCUACCCCAAGUUUUACUGAUGAUGCUACUGUAUUUACCACAAAUCCUUCCACAGCUGUUACAGAUGAACCUACUGAAUCAGAGUCAGUAACUGAUUUUGUGAUUUCUGAACAAGAUGCAACUACUACAGAACUCUUUAGAAAUACAGAAAUAUUUGAAGUUGACGAAACCACUUUAGAAUCUACAGUAACUCCAGCUUCUGAUGACGGUACAACAUUGAACCCUGAAAUUGAAAUUGAUGCUUCUUCUGAAAUUAUUGAUAUCACUUCUACACCAAGCACAGAUUCUCUGAUGGAUCGGUCUGAUGUUGAUGUUGUUGAGAUGGUUGAGAAGAAACCACCUUCUCCCUUCCCUGUAUCCGACCUUCUCUCUGGAAUAUACAGACUUAUACAGGGAUAUAUGCCUGGUAAGAAGGAGGGUGUACCAGCUAGAUCAGGAAUAGAACGAGUUGAUAUUGUGGAUUAUCCUCAGGAUCUGGAGUACUUUGAUUCUCCCCAGGUUCAGCCUCUAACAAACGUUCAUAAUGCACCACGUCAAAGUUACCAGCAAGAAACUCCGCAACUUGACCAGGAGGAAAGUGUUGAUGUAUCAAAUAGUCAUACAGACCCUUUUGUACAGCUCAGUGCCCCUGAUUUGACCGGUUUGCUACCAGCUGGAGAGCGGGAGGAAGGAGUAUCCUAUAUAUUCCCCACUAGAACACAAACUGAUCCUCCGCAAACACUCUCCCCAUUCAACUCACCAGCUCUCAGAGUUGAGGAGCCUCCAAAAGUAUUGAUAAAAGAAGAAGAAGAGAAGGAAAAGAAAAAGGAAAAAAUAAAUAAUUUUGGAAAUUUGAAUCCUUUCAAAUCCAUUCUUCCAUCAUUCUUCUACGCAAACCAGGAUGCAGGUGCCCAGGUAGCCGGAGCACUUCCGGUCUCAGUCCAGGAGCCGAACAGACGACCUGUCCAUGAUGUUCAUUCUUCGGUUCAAAGCAGCCAAAUAGCUAUUCCCGCAACCCGCCGACCUAUAUUUGGCAACCUGUUUCAAACCGGUUCCUUGUUCUCUAAAGAACAGACAGAGCAAGUCCUGCAAAAGCGUCCAAGAGGAGAACCUGUUUCUAUUCAACUCUCAGCAGAUGAUGAAAUUGAGAGACUUAAUCUGGAGGAGAGAUACAAACAGGGUAGAACCAUCCCUGGUUUUACUGCGGCUAGGAUGGAUCAAGAUCUAGGAGAGGAGGAGGGUUCUCUCCGUCAACCUAGAGAUUUAAAUUCAAUGUUUGAUCCUGUAGAAUCUCUAAGAAACCCGGAUCAUCAACUAUUCAGGUUCCUUGACUCUCAGCCUCUACCUUUAAAACGAGGUCUGCUGGACCCUAGACAGAGGAUGAAAAGAGAGGCUGAUUCAGUCAGCUGUACCUGGACUAUAGAGACUGAAAAGAAUCUGUAUCUGCUCGUCACCUUUCACAAUCUGUCCGCCCCAUACACUGUACAGUGCUCAGGAGCAUAUAUAGAGGUUGAGAGAGAAAAGAACGGGUUUGAAGCUCGAUGGUGUGGGAAUAGAGUUACUCAGGGCGGGUCUAGACCUCAUGUUAUCUUCGCUAGAUCUGAGGUUCGAAUAACAGUAUUUGACGACGGGAGCGAGGGGAAAAGUUUACCAACGGGAUUUAACGCUGAUGUAGAAGUGAUUGAUUUGUUUGAUGCAAGACAGUAUUCAUCCCUGAGAAAAUCCAACGCCUACAGUAAUGUGAGAAAGCUUACAGGAUAAAUCUUUUAAAGAAUCGUCAAAAUUUAGAAAUAGAAAAUUUUUUUUGUCAUGUUGCAAAAAUUUGAAUGUGAAUUUUCUCAAAAGUUGGCUUUGAUAUUAAGGCAACUAAAUUCUGAACCAAAAUAUCGUCUUCCAAUUAAACCUAUCGUUACUAGGCAUUAAAUAGUAUAAAAGAAAGAGCUCAGCAUGAGAUUUCAGAUUAAAAAAAUAUAUUUUUUAUAUAAAAAAAUUUGUAAAAAUAUCACAAAGUGUUUGUGCCAACUUCAGAAUACUCCUCUCUUGUUUAAAACAAUUUAAAAUGUAAAAUCUAAAAAAAAUAAAUAUAAUAAAUUUUCGUAUCAAUGUU